UAAAGUGUCGAGCUUCUCCUCGCGAGAGACUUCGUGCUCAUGCUCGCUGCAGGGGUCGGAGGUCAGGGCGAGCGUCUCGCGGGCCGUAGGAGGAAGAUGGCGGUGGAGUCGCGCGUUACCCAGGAGGAAAUUAAGAAGGAGCCAGAGAAACCGAUCGACCGCGAGAAGACAUGCCCACUGUUGCUGCGGGUCUUCACCACCAAUAACGGCCGCCACCACCGAAUGGACGAGUUCUCCCGGGGAAAUGUACCGUCCAGCGAGUUGCAGAUCUACACUUGGAUGGAUGCAACCUUGAAAGAACUGACAAGCUUAGUAAAGGAAGUCUACCCAGAAGCUAGAAAGAAGGGCACUCACUUCAAUUUUGCAAUUGUUUUUACUGAUGUGAAAAGACCCGGCUAUCGAGUUAAGGAGAUUGGCAGCACCAUGUCUGGCAGAAAGGGGACUGAUGAUUCCAUGACCCUGCAGUCGCAGAAGUUCCAGAUAGGAGAUUACUUGGACAUAGCAAUUACCCCUCCAAAUCGGGCACCACCUCCUUCAGGGCGCAUGAGACCAUAUUAAAUUCUAUUUACAAUUUCUUGAAUUUAUUUUUCCGUCAGUUAUGUAAAAUAAACUUACUCUUUUUCCUCCCCUGAUUAUUGCCAUUAAGCCUUUAAAUUCUAAAAUUAUAAUGCAUCAUCUAUUUAGGAAUUAGAUUCAGAUGUGCUAUUGUAUGAUUACUAAUGGAAAGUCUGUAUGUUUCAAGCCCUUCUGUAAAAUAUGAAGAAAAGUGCUCUUAGCAUUCUGUGUAAAACUGUACUGUUAAAUAUAUGUGUGUAAUCAG